AUGAAUUUUUACAUCAAAGUCACAUUUAACAACACUUCAUGUCAUCUUACUAUUGACAAUGAAAAUAACUUGGUGAUCAUGAAUUAAAUCCAAAUGAUGACAUUUCCUUUAAACCUAGAUGCGAAUAUUGUCUGGAGACUAGAGAAUAACCUUUUAAAAGGCUUUGAAAUAAAUGCGUUUUUGUUUUUGGGUGAUCAUCAUGAUCUUCUGAAGCUCAAAUCUAUCUUGGGCUAACUGGUUACCUAUAAAAAGAUCAGUAACAUGUACAACUUUCUCAGCACUCUGGGGAAGGGAAACUAUUCAUAAGUAUGUUUGCUUCAGUGUAAAAUAACUCAUAAAUUAUAUGCUGCCAAAUGUAUGAAAAAAGAAAACCCUGCUGUUAUCAAUGACAUCAAAAGAGAAAUACAGAUUUGGUCUAUGUUGUAACAUAAAAAUGUUGCCAAAUUUUAUGAAGUUUAUGAAAGUACAAACAAAAUUUAUGUUGUAAUGGAAAAGCUCAAUAAAUUACGAAAUGACUACGAUCAUGAAGAAAUUAAAUUAAUUAUGAAAGCUAUUUUGGAGGGUGUUAAUUAUAUUCAUUCCAAAAAUAUUAUACAUCGAGAUUUAAAAAUCGAUAAUAUUUUGAUUGAUGACGAGAAUUAAGUUAAAAUAAUCGAUUUUGGAUUAGCGUGUCAAUUCAUUAAUGUAGAAUCCAGAAAUAUUAGUUGUGGCACUCCUGGUUACAUAGCUCCAGAAGUUCUGAUCAACAAAUCCUUUGAUUAUAAAUCUGACAUCUUCAGUAUUGGAGUAGUCAUGUAUUAACUUUACUUUAAUAAACAUUUAUUCCAAGCUGAAUAAGUGGCUGACAUUCUUAAACUCAAUAAGAAAUUUACAAUAUCUCGAUUAUCUGUAUUGGAUAUACCAGAUUGUGGUUAUCAAUUCUUAAUAAGCUUAUUGAAUCAUAAUCCAACGCAAAGAAUAACAGCCUCUCAGGCCCUCUCACAUUGGUAUAUGAAUUCUAUCAAGGAGGAGCAUUUUACUAAAGUACCGCGAAAUCCAAAUCCUAAAUUCAAAGACCAUCUCCAAACGUGCAUAAUCAUGUGUUCCAAAACUACUAUAACUUCAUAUAAUAAAAUUUAAUGA